ACAACUUUGAAAACUGCAAGCGCCCUCCAACAACUUUGAAAACUGCAAGCGCCCUCCAACAACUUGGAAAAUUACAAGCACCUUCCAACAACUUUGAAAACUACAAGCGCCCUCCAACAACUGUGAAAAUCAUUAGCGCCUUCCAACAACUUUAAAAAGUACAAGCGCCUUCCAACAACUUUGAAAACUGCAAGCGCCCUCCAACAAUUUUGAAAACUAUAAGCGCCCUCCAACAAUUUUGAAAACUAUAAGCGCCCUCCAACAACUUUAAAAAGUACAAGCGCCUUCAAAUAACUUGGAAGACUAUUAGCGCCUUUCAAAAACAAUCACCAACAAAUUCAAAAUAGUUUCCCAGUAAAAUCUAUCUAAAAGUAAUGCAUUGUGUGUGUGCUGGGAGCAGUGUCCCAGGCUGCUUCUUCCAGCUGGUGCCCUAUCAUGGCGUUCUGGCAGUCUGUGGGCUCCACAUGGGGCUGUGCACUCCCCUUUCCAUCGCACUGCGCCUCCAGCCUACAAAUGGCGCUGUGCCGGGGCAGGACGGCACAUGCUCCCCGGCCUGCGCGCCUCCAGCACACAAACAGCCUUGUCCGACCUACCAUUACCCAGCAUUCACCGCAGCGAGUUCACGCGAACUCCCCGUUAGCAGCCCCAGCGCGGUUUGCAAGCGCGUUAUCUUCCAAGCUGCCCGAGCCAUUGUGCCCUGCUGGCCGCCAUAGCUACCACGUGAAUGAUGGCCGAAUUGUUAAUGGAAUGUGAAGAAGAAGAGCUUGAACCGUGGCAGCAAAGAUCUAAAGCAAUUGUCAUUGAUGAUGAAGAUGACGAUGAACCAAUUUUUGUACGAGAGAUUAGCGUUUCUAAAACAACCAAUACAAACAAGGCAAGUGAAGGUCAACGUGGUUCAUUUCAACAGACGGAGAAUGGUGUGCCUAACAGAGGAAGCAGUACAUUUCCGGCGUCAAACAACCACUACAAAUCUCCUACUGCAACACACAACGUAACUCAGCCGGUCACUCCUAUAUUCCAACCAGUUACUAGACCAGUAACUAGUUCUGCAAUUGUUCAUCAACCACUGCCAAGACCUGUAGGCACGCAAGAGCCUUUGAGGAGACCAGCAACUGGAAGUAUGCCAGCACAGCACCUGCCUAGGACACCAGUCAUGCAAAAUGUCUGUAGACCUCAGACAUUUGUUCCAAACCCUCUUCCAGUAUGUAGAAACCCUACAGUUACUUCAGUGUCUCAUCCAACGAUUCGACCUGUUGCCAACAACACUGCACAGCCAUUAAUGCUAAAUCAGGGUUACAUCAUUAACUCUCCCCAGGUUUCCUCUAGUAAUUGUAAUGUAAUGUAUACAUUGCGGCCAAGCACAGCAUUAACACAGUACCAGAAUGUGCAAACAUUCACUGCAUCAGGAAUUUCUGCUCCAUUAGUCCGGCCACUGCAACCAUUACCCCAAUUCCGCCCUGUUUCAGCUCCAGCAAGGACGGCACCCACUUUUAUUCCUAGACCUACUCCUCCUGCCCCAUCGAUGACACAAAACGUCAACAACCUAGGACCAGGACUUCACCAACCUUUACUACUGCAUUCCCAGAAAGCCCAGCAAACUAGAUUUUUGCAAAAUUCAGCAGCAAUCACUGGACGAAAUGAAAAUGUAUUAGUGGAAAAACGGCCUUCUCCUGUUGACUUGACUAAUGACUCUCCAAAAAAGACCAAAACCAAUGAGAAUAUGACAGAUACAAGACCAGUUGCAGUAUCUACUACAGCAUCCAUCCCAAUGUCUUCAACUACUUUACCACAGAAUUCUCCUGCUAAAGGUACUAAUGCAGUUACAACUCCAACAAAAAAUGGAACACCAUUCCCUCGAGCAUGUCCAAAGUGCAACAUACACUUCAACCUUUUGGAACCUAUGAAAAAACACAUGACGUAUUGUUGUCCAGAGAAAAUGCAAUUUAUUUUCCGUGGAGUAACAAACCCUGAUGCUUCUAAACUACGAAACACAAUGGAAGAUCAUGAAAAAGGAAAAUUGAUCAUGCUUGUUAGCGACUUUUAUUAUGGAUGUUAUUCUGGAGAUUAUCAGCUGGUACAGCAGGAGGAGAAGACUCACAACACUUUCAAGUGUUUCAGCUGCCAAAAAGUUCUCAAAAACAAUAUAAAAUUCAUGAACCACAUGAAACAUCACUUGGAGCUUGAGAAGCAGAGUACCGAAAGUUGGGAAAACCACACCACCUGCCACCACUGUUACCGCCAAUUCUCUACUCCCUUCCAACUGCAAUGCCACAUUGAGAGUUCUCACACAUUAAUUGAAUUGACAACCAUUUGCAAGAUCUGUGAAUUAUCAUUUGAUUCUGAACAGAUUCUUUUACAACAUAUGAAAGACAGUCAUAAACCAGGGGAGAUGCCAUAUGUUUGUCAGGUGUGCAAUUACAGGUCUUCAAUCUUUGUUGAUGUGGAUAAUCAUUUUAGAAAUACUCAUGAGAACACCAAAAGUUUGUUGUGUCCAUUCUGUCUGAAAGUUAUCAAGUCUGGAACGCCUUAUAUGCAGCAUUAUAUGAAACACCAGAAUAAGGGGGUGUAUAGAUGUACUAAGUGCAGACUGCAGUUUUUGACUUGCAAAGAGAAAAUGGAUCAUAAAACUCAGCAUCACAGGACAUUCAAGAAGCCGACACAAUUAGAAGGUCUUCCUCCAGGAACAAAGGUCACAAUUCGAGCGUCUGUUGGAGCUCUUUCAACUCCAGUUUCUUCCCCCACUUCCUCUAGUCCCAGAAAUCCACCUACAACUCACGUUAACCCUCCUCAGAUACCUCCUCAGAUACCUCCUCAGAUACCUCCUUACAAACUACCCCAGCCACCUCCAAAAAUGCAAACUAUAAGCCCUAAAAAUAAUCUGAAUCCAACAACUAAAAAACAUGCACAUUCUUCAAAAAUCAAGUCUUCUCCAAAGAAGCCUACGACUCCAAACACCACAAGAAGAAUUAAAACGAUCAAUUCAGCUCUGAAAGACCUAAGGGUUAUCCCAGGAAUACAUAACUGCGUCGAGUGUCACCGUCAAGUGGUAGAUUUCGAUGGUCAUUUUCACAUGUAUAUGCACUGCAGCAAAUGCAAGUUCAGUACCAGCUGUAAUAAAGCGUAUACAAACCAUGUAAUGAGAUAUCAUGGCAAGAAUUCCAGCAAACGUUCCAAGGUUUCUAAGAAGGGCCCCAAUGACAAGAGGCGUAUAACCGUGGUGUGCCUGAACUGUGAUUUCCUGACUGACGUUUCUGGUUUGGAUGACAUGGCCAAACAUUUGAGUGAAAAUCCUGCUCAUUCAUGCCAAGUGGUCACAGAAAAUGUUUCCAUACUUUCCUCAACUCAUGACGGAGACAUGUCUAUAGCAAGACUUCAAUUUGCAAUAGAACGGAAGAAAAUCCUUGGACAGGAGGAAAAACCUGGCUCACAUGUUGAUGCUGCAGCAGAUGAAAGCAAGGAAGAUGAGUGCACACCAGAGGCUACAAAGAAUGAAGACAAUUCACGUGGAAGCAAUAUGACCUCUCCAGGCCAUACAAGUAACACACACAUUGCAUCUGUGAAGCAGGUAAAUGCAGCCAUAGAAACGCCAGGCAGCUGCUCUCCAAAAUCAGAAGAAGGCGCUGAACUGAUAGACUCGUAUAAUAAAGAUGACUGUGAUAUUGUACAAGAGAAGGUGUCCUUAGAAAUGACUAGUACAGAACCAAGCAGACAUGCAGAUAGCAAAAAAAUGACAACAGAGAAAGCUGAACUGUGUCCAGAGCUGAAUGAAGAUCAUCCAGAUUCAGAUCUUGCUAGUGACAAUGUUGGGUUUGAGCAGUAUUUAUGGAAACAAGCCCCAGAUUCUGUGAGUUCUGACAUCAGUGAACCAAGCAGCAUUCAUCUGGAUCCAUUAACUCCUUCAGAGGUGUUAGAGCAUGAAGCUACAGAAAUCCUACAGAAAGGGGCUAUUGUUGCAUCGCAGAAAGGUCGAAAAGAAGAACAAGCUGAAGAAACCUAAGACGGUAGCACAAGUAUUUCUGCAGUGGUGACAAGGAAAGAAUAACGUGAAGCAGGUUUUUAAAUUGCAAGAAGAGUUGGAGACAUUCCUAUAGAAGCACUAGCUUACUAAGUCCGGUCGUAGAUGAAUGGGCUAUUUUCCAGGUGACUGCCACAAAGCAGUAUUGUGCUGUGAAAGCAAGACAAGGAAGCAUAAAGGACUGUUGUUUUUAGAAGUACUUUUAACAUCAGUGUUAUCACUGCAUUUUAUAGGGCAGCUAAGCAGUAUUGAAAACAUGUUGGUAUAAUAUGUUUUAAGUUGGCUAGGACAGAAUAGAAGCAUUCUUUAAGCUUGAGUCAUACGUCAAAUGUAACAGAAAUAAUUCUUUUGUAUACCAUUCUUCUUUUUUUUUUUUAAAGAAAAGUAUCAAGCUUUACAAGGUGGAUUUCAUGUAAAAGAUUAUUUUUUUUUUUUUGGUUUGGCAAAGUCAUCAUUGCCAUUUUUAAAAAGGUUUUUAUUAGUUAGAAAAAACUAUGCACCCGAACAGGUGUAAUCCUGCCAGCCUACUCUUAUCUUGUUUUAAACUUUCAAUGAAAGUGCAAAAAUACAUUAUUGACAUGUUUUUUUGUAUAUAGUUAUAAAUAUAUACAUAUAUGUAUGUAGGAAACAUUCAUACUGGAGUUGUAAAUUCUUUGGAAUAUGGAACAUAACGACCAAGUAUUAUACUCUAAUUCAGAGCACAUAAGCUCAAGAUAGCAUCUAGUUGUCAAAAUGACAGGAUGAACCUCACUUUUAAUACCCUGAACAUUUUUGCCUUUUGCAAUAAAAUGUCAUUCAUGGUAAAUAAUAGGAAUUACACUGUUUGUGACCUUGCUGUGAACAUCUGAGCAACUCACUAUACAUAGG